AUGGAUUCGAACUUAAAUGUCUUACAAGAUGAGGAAGACGGCCCAACUCUUAAUCAUAAAUACUUAGGACUUGUUACGUUUUCCCCAAAAACAAAAAGUGAAAUCAAUUAGAAGAAAAAUCUGAAGACUCUCAAACUAAUCCCAUUUCAACUUAUUCAAGAAUCAAAUACAUCGAAAGAAGCCAAUAAAUAGACUAAUUACAAUUCCUCAUAAUAACCAAUUUAAGUAGUUCAAUCUUCUAAUAUACUUUAAAACGAACAGAACUCAAAUAGAAGAACCGUCUUUGAUUUGAUUGAACAAUCAACAAAAAGUCUUUCUCCAACAAAAAGCAAUUAUGAAUUUGCUUCAGAUUACACUUUUAAAUUAUAUGAAGGGCAUAAGAGAGUACGAUUUCAUUUAGAUGAAAGAGUUGAAUGA